UUUUCACGCAUGCGUACAAGUCCGUUCUGUGUCAGGUCAACAGAACGAAAGAUGGCCGCGCUUCGAGCAGGGAGCUUGGCCCGGGCCCUUCAUAAAGCUAAAGGGCAAGGAUUUGCCCAAAUGUUUUUUGGGGCAAGAGCAGCCUCCGGAGAAUCGAAGGAUUCGCUCCCUGGCGCAUUCCCUAAAACUCCCGAGGAGAUAGCUGCGGCUGCUAAAAAGUAUAACAUGACAGUACACGACUACAAACCUCAUCCAGAUGAUGGCUUGGGGUUUGGAGACUAUCCAAAGCUGCCAGCCAGAUCACAGGCAGAGAGAGACCCCUGGUAUUCAUGGGACCAUCCUGACUUGAGGAGGAACUGGGGAGAGCCGAUGCACUGGGAUUUUGACAUGUUCAUCAGGAACCGUGUAGACACUUCCCCCACUCCCGUGGAUUGGCAGACGAUGAGUCGUACUCUUCUGGGAUUUGUGGGGUUCAUGUUGUUUAUGUUUUACCUUGGCGAAGUCUUUCCAUCAUACCAACCUGUGGCACCUAAGCAGUAUCCAUUCAAUAACCUGUACUUGGAGAAUGGAGGGAACCCUGAGAAAGAGCCAGAGGAAGUGAAGAAUUAUAAAAUCUAAAAUGUAAAAAUAUUGUCUGUACUGUUCUAUGUUUCUGUUAUCCUAAUAAAAUAAUAACUUAAAACAGUUA